AUGGCGUCCGAGCCGCCUCCUCCUACUAUGGGCGGCAUUCAGCCGAUGACGCUCCCGGAGGUUCAGGAGAAAAUCGACCAGCUGUACGGCGACCGCAACGCGAAGAACCUUCGCGAAGGCCUCGGCAAGGGACUGAUGUCCGUUGGUAAGGGCGUGUUCGCCGGCGUCGGAGGACUCAUCGUGGCGCCGGUAGCGGGGCUGGUGCAGCAAGGCGGCGUCGGGCUGAUCAAAGGAACCAUCGCGGGGGUUGCGGGUUUUGUCGUUUUGCCGACCGUUGGAAUCGUGCAAGGCGCGAGGCAGCUGGGAGAGGGGAUUAAGAACACGCCCGACGCGAUUCGGGAGAUGAUGAAGAAGGAUAAGUGCGAGGAGGAGGCGGAGAAAGCGGAGGUGGUGGACGAUGCCGACGCGGAUAAGCUUAACGAGGAGACGUACUCGGUUGAGCGCGAAACUGUCGAGAAGAUCGCGCUCGAAGAGGAAACCGCGAAGCCCGCGGAAGCCGCGGCGGCGCCAGCGGAGAAGCGGGAGAAGCGGGAGGUUAAGGAGGAGGAGCUGUAUAUGGUUCUGGAGGUGUCGACUGAUGCGACUUCUGUGGAGAUCAAGAAGGCGUACUACAAGCUAGCGCGUACGUGCCAUCCCGACAAGGUCCCCGACGACGAAACCGCCAAGGCCAAGUUCCAAGCAGUCGGCGAGGCGUACCAAGUCCUCAUGGACCCCGCCAAGCGCGAGAAAUACGACCGCUUCGGCCGGGCCGCGCUCGAUGAUACCUUCAUGGAUCCCGGCUAUUUCUUCACCAUGUCCUUCGGCGCGGAUAAGUUCAAGCCGCUUGUCGGGGAGCUCACUAUCGCGUACACUGCGGCGGGGAAUCUGACGGUGGAGGAGGUGAAGAAGUGGCAGGUGCGGAGGGAAAAGGAACUCGCGGCGAUUCUGGUGAAGCGGUUGGAGCCGUGGAUGGCGGGCGACGAGGAGGGGUUUGUGCGCGACGCCGUCGCGCAGGUGGAGGAGCUCAAGGGCGAGGCGUUUGGCGUCGCGUUCCUGCAGUGUAUCGGGUACACCUACUACACGCGCGCGCAAGUGCUGCUGGGCAUGACGGUGAUGCUGGGCAUUCCGAACUUCGUGAACGCGGUCAAGGAGUCUGGGCACGCGAUGAAGACUCGAAACAACGCCAUCGGCGCUGCGUUCAAGCUAGCGGAGAUGCAGGUCACGGUGGACCCGAGCAAGCCGCCCAGCGAGCAGCCCAACAUGGCCGAGUUCCUCAACUCCGUCUGGAUGAACCCACAUUACCGGACCCGUCGCCCACAAAUCCCUUCCCGUCGCCCCAUUUCCCUUCCCGUCGCACUCACUUCCCUUGCCGUCGCCCUCGUUUCCCUUCCCGUCGCCCUCAUUACCCUUCCCGUCGCACUAAUUUCCCUUACCGUCGCACUCAUUUCCCACCCCGUCGCCCUCGUGUCCCUUCCCGUCGCACUAAUUUCCCUUCCCGUCGCACUCAUUUCCCUCCCCGUCGCCCACAUUUCCCUUCCCGUCGCCCUCGUUUCCCCUCUCGUCGCCCUCAUUUCCCCUCUCGUCGCCCACAUUUCCCUUCCCGUCGCCCUCAUUUCCCCUCUCAUCGCCCACAUUUCCCUUCCCGUCGCCCUCAUUUCCCCUCUCGUCGCCCUCGUUUCCCUCCCCGUCGCCCACAUUUCGCUACCUGUCGCUCAAAAUUCCCUUCAUCCUCCCUUCCUCUCAUCCGCCCUUCCUCUCGUCCGCCCUUCUCUCACAUCCUCUCUCCCUCUCUCCGCCCCUCCUAUCGUCCUCAUUUCCACUCGUCCUCCCUACCCUUCUUUCGCCACACGCCCUCAUCCGCCCUCCCCCUCAUCCGCCCUCCCCCUCGUCCGCCCUCCCUCUCAUCCACCCUUCUUCUCGUCCUCCCUCCCCCUCAUCCGCCCUCCCCCUCAACCGCCCUUCAUCUCAUCCUCCCUUCUCUCAUCCAACCUUCCUCUCAUCCCCCCUUCCUCUCAUCCUCCUUUCCUCUCAUCCUCCUUUCCUCUCAUCCGCCCUUCCUCUCAUCCGCCCUUCACGCUCUCAUCCUCUCUCCUUCUCAUCGUCUCUCCCUCUCAUCCUCCUUACCCUCGUCCACCCUUCUUCGCGUCCUCCCUCCCCCUCAUCCGCCCUCCCCCUCAUCCGCCCUUCAUCUCAUCCUCCAUUCCCCUCAUCCGCCCUUCAUCUCAUCCUCCCUUCCCCACAUCCGCCCUUCAUCUCAUCCUCUGUUCCCCUCGUCCUCCCCUCCUCUCAUCCUCCUUUCCUCUCAUCCUCCUUUCCUGUCAUCCUCCCAUCCCCACAUCCGCCCUUCCUCUCAUCCGCCCUUCUCUCUCAUCCUCUCUCCUUCUCAUUCUCCCAUUCUCUCAUACUCCCUUUCUCUCAUCCUCCCUUCCUCUCCCCUUCCAUUCCACUCGUCCCCCCUUCCUCUCAUCCAACCUUUCCUCCCAUCCUCCUUUCCUCUCAUCCGCCCUUCCUCUCAUCCGCCCUUCACGCUCUCAUCCUCUCUCCUCCUCAUCGUCUCUCCCUCUCAUCCUCCUUUCUCUCAUCCACCCUUCUUCAGAUCCUCCCUCCAUCUCAUCCGCCACCCCCCUCAUCCGCCCUUCAUCUCAUCCUCCCUUCCCCACAACCGCCCUUCAUCUCAUCCUCUGUUCCCCUCGUCCUCCCUUCCUCUCAUCCCCCCCUCCUCUCAUCCUCCUUUCCUCUCAUCCACCCUUCCUCUCAUCCGCCCUUCCUCUCAUCCGCCCUUCCUCUCAUCCGCCCUUCUCUUUCCUCCUCUCUCCUUCUCAUUCUCCCAUUCUCUCAUACUCCCUUUCUCUCAUCCUCCCUUCCUCUGCCCUGCCAUUCCACUCGUCCCCCCUUCCUCUCAUCCAACCUUUCCUCCCAUCCUCCUUUCCUCUCAUCCGCCCUUCCUCUCAUCCGCCCUUCACGCUCUCAUCCUCUCUCCUCCUCAUCGUCUCUCCCUCUCAUCCUCCUUUCUCUCAUCCACCCUUCUUCAGAUCCUCCCUCCAUCUCAUCCGCCACCCCCCUCAUCCGCCCUUCAUCUCAUCCUCCCUUCCCCACAACCGCCCUUCAUCUCAUCCUCUGUUCCCCUCGUCCUCCCUUCCUCUCAUCCCCCCCUCCUCUCAUCCUCCUUUCCUCUCAUCCACCCUUCCUCUCAUCCGCCCUUCCUCUCAUCCGCCCUUCCUCUCAUCCGCCCUUCUCUUUCAUCCUCUCUCCUUCUCAUUCUCCCUUUCUCUCAUACUCCCUUUCUCUCACGCUCCCUUCCGCUCCCCUUCCAUUCCUCUCAUCCCCCCUUCCUCUCAUCCUCCUUUCCUCUCAUCCUCCUUUCCUCUCAUCCGCCCUUCCUCUCAUCCGCCCUUCACGCUCUCAUCCUCUCUCCUUCUCAUCGUCUGUCCCUCUCAUCCUCCUUUCUCUCAUCCACCCUUCUUCUCGUCCUCCCUCCCCAUCAUCCGCCCUCCCCCACAACCGCCCUUCAUCUCAUCCUCUGUUCCCCUCGUCCUCCCUUCCUCUCAUCCCCCCCUCCUCUCAUCAUCCUUUCCUCUCAUCCUCCUUUCCUCUCAUCCACCCUUCCUCUCAUCCACCCUUCCUCUCAUCCGCCCUUCCUCCCAUCCGCCCUUUUUCUCAUCCGCCCUUCUCUCUCAUCCGCCCUUCUUCUCAUUCUCCCUUUCUCUCAUCCUCCCUUCCUCUCCUCUUCCAUUCCUCUCAUCCCCCCUUCCUCUCGUCCUCCUUCCCUCUCAUCCCCCCUUCCUCUCGUCCUCCUUCCCUCUCAUCCCCCCUUCCUCUCAUCCUCCUUUCCUCUCAUCCUCCUUUCCUCUCAUCCGCCCUUCCUCUCGUCCUCCCUUCCUCUCGUCCGCUCUCCCCUUCUUCCGCCCUCCCCCUCAUCCGCCCUCCCUAUCAUCCACCCUUCCUCUUGUCCACCCGUCUUCUCGUCCUCCCACCCCCUCAUCCGCCCUUCCUCUCAUCCAACCUUCCUCUCGUCCACCCUUCCUCCCAUCCUCCCUUCCUCUCAUCCGCCCUUCCUCUCAUCCUCCCCUCCUCUCAUUCUCCCUUCCUCUCGUCCACCCUUCCUCUCAUCCCCUCUUCCUCUCGUCCUCCCUUCCUCUCAUCCGCCCUUCCUCUCAUCCCCUCUCUCCUCAUCCUCCCUUUCUCUCAUCCUCCCUUCCUCUCCUCCUCCCUUCCCUCUCAUCCCCCCUUCCUCUCAUCCUCCUUUCCUCUCAUCCUCCUUUCCUCUCAUCCGCCCUUCCUCUCGUCCUCCCUUCCUCUCGUCCGCUCUCCCCUUCUUCCGCCCUCCCCCUCAUCCGCCCUCCCUAUCAUCCACCCUUCCGGGAGGUGCAAGAAGAUCAAGCAGCUGGAGAUUGA